AUCGUCGGCGCCGGCCCCGCCGGCCUCGCCACCGCUGCGCGGCUGCAGCAGGCAAGGGUCCCCUUUGUGGUCUUCGAGCGUGAGGUGACGGCAGGGCACUCGUGGCGCACACGCUACCCGCGUCUGCAUCUUCACACCGUCGGCGCCUCCUCUCAACUGCCCGGCUGGCCUUUCCCCGACCACUUUCCGGAGUACGUCUCUGCGUCCGACCUCGCCGCCUACUACGACGGCUAUGCCCGCACCGUCCUCGCGCCGCACGUGCGCUACAACGCGACCGUCACCUCCGCCAAGCCGGCGGCCGACGGUAAAGGCUGGUCGCUCCGCGUGUCGAUCCGCACCGCCGACGGGGCCGUGCAGUGGCGGCGGUACGAGGCGGCCGCGCUGGUAGUGGCGACGGGACAGGAGGGAGCGCCCGUCAUCCCCCCAAUCGAGGGGCGGGAGAGCUUCGAAGGCGAGUCGAUGCACUCGGCGGCCUGGCGAGGUGGCGCGAAGUACGCGGGCAAGAAGGCGCUGGUGGUCGGGUUUGGCAAUUCGGGAGCGGAGGUUGCGCUGGACUUGUGGGAGCAGGGCGCGGCCGGCGUCACGGUGACGGCGCGCUCGCCGAUCCAUGUCCUCCCACGCUGGCUCUUUUCGCUCUACCCUCACGGCAUGCGCUCCCUCCUCUACUUUGAGCGCUUCCUUGCGCCCAUCUGGCUGAGCGACGCCGUCGGCGGCCUGCUCCAGCGGCUGCUCUACUCGGACCUGCCCUCCGCCGGGCUCCAGCUUAGCCGCGCCGGAGUCAAGAGCGAGCUGCUGCGGCACCACAGGGCGCCACUGCUCGACAUUGGCACCAUCGAGCUCGUGCGGCGCGGCGAGAUCAGCGUC